AAAACAAAUAAUUAGAAAAGAGAAAAAACUACAUUUUGAAUUCUCCCAAACAAUGGCAAGAGGUACAUCUCAGUCGCAGUCCAGCAUUUCCUCCACCGCCAACCGCCCCGACGUCAUGGCUCCCCGCGGAUCAGCCGCCGCGACAGCUGGGAUGCGUCGUCGUAGGGUUGUCGGAGGCGCUUCAGCGGGCUCCGGUUCCGGGAGCAACAUGCUCCGAUUCUACACCGACGAUGCUCCGGGCUUGAAGAUCUCCCCUACUGUUGUUCUUGUCAUGAGUCUUUGCUUCAUAGGCUUCGUCUCCGCUCUCCACGUCUUCGGCAAGUUCUAUCGCGCCAAAGCCGGAGCCGGAGCCGGAGAUGGACCUUGAAUCAUGACCCGAACCCGAUCUUUUGUUGGUUCUCUGAUCUGUUAUUGUGUAAGUGAAUAAUCAUACGUUUUUUUUUCUCUUCACGAUUUGGUUUUAUUAACUCCGUAAAACGAUGGAUGGCAUUCUCGUAAUUACCUGGUGUUGUUAAUCCAGGUAAUUUCAA